AUCGACCUUCACCUUGUAAAGAAACACGUUUUCGGAGUUCAUUGGACUUUAUUAACCGGACAACUAUGGAUGAGGGUCUCUUGGAAGGAGAGGCGAAUUUAAAGUCCUGUCUGGAAGACUGGAGUGAUUUAAACAAAGAAUUCACACAGCUAGAGGCUACCCAUGAUCGGUACAAGAAAGUUCUUGAGGACUUAUGGGACAUACAGAAAAAAUGUGUGACAGGAAUAGCCCACCAUCGAUAUCGGAUGAAGCAAAUCACAGAAAAAAUGACCAAAAUAAAAGAAAAUUCCAAACCAGAAACUGAUGAAGCUCUGAAACAGCUGAGGAGUGAGAUGCAGCAGAGAAAGUCACAGUUCCGGGAGAUGGAGGAGUGUUUACCGCACAAGAAUGGGUUGUACCUCAGCAUCAUCCUGGGAUCUGUCAGUGUAUCACUCCUAAAUAAGGAAGACAAGUUUGCCUACAAAUACAACUACGAGACGUUCAAAGCCACAGUAAGCUACAUCAGUAUGGCACUAUCCCUAGUCCUGCUGUUUGUAUCCGAUUACAGGUGGCUGGAUGCAGUGCUUCACUUCCUGUUGGUCUGGUAUUACUGUACGCUGACCAUCAGAGAGAAUAUCCUCAUGGUGAAUGGGUCCAGAAUCAAGGGUUGGUGGGUCACUCAUCACUUUAUAUCCACGGUGUGUGCAGCACUCACACUUAUCUGGCCUGACAGUUAUACCUACAAAUACUUUAGGGGCCAGUAUUCCUUGUUUUGCUGUUAUCUAAGUUUUCUUUACAUAGUUCAGUUUUUCUACCAGAAGGGGGCGCUGUACCGUCUCCGAGCCCUGGGUCAGCGUCAUGAAAUGGACAUCACAGUGGAGGGCUUCAUGUCCUGGAUGUGGAAGGGGAUUUCCUUUUUGCUGCCGUUCCUGUUCGCUGGUUAUUUCUUCCAAUUGUAUAACGCCUACGUACUGUACAGACUGUCCCAGGAUCCACAAUGUAAAGAAUGGCAGGUAUCCUUCCUGGCCAUCAUACACCUGAUUCUGUCGGUCGGUAACAUCACCACCACGCUGAAGGUCGUAGUGGACAAGCUGAGGACGGAUCGCAGGCAGCAACUGACCACCAAGUACCGCUUCAACUCCCACGAGAAGAAGGACAGCUAGCCUCUACACAGUCAUGGAUGCUACAAGCAGUCAUCCCAACUUCUCUGUUGCCAUGUAAAACUAUCAAGUGUUCACCUCCAGAAAGUGAAGAACUGAGUGAUUGAGAGGGUGAUUGUACACACUAUAGAUGCAUGUUAUUACUGUUUGUGGAGAAUGGUUUAUCUGUUAAGUUCCGUCUCUCAUGUACUCUAUUUGGAAUUUAUUUAUAAAAAAAAUAGUCAAAUUGUAAUAAACCUAUAAUUUAUAUAAAUUUAAUUUAUAUAAAUUUAAUUGCAUAAUUUAGAACAUAAUGUGAUAAUUUUUGUGAUUUUUAUUUAAGUAGUUAUAAAGCUAUUUAUGUGUAUUGGACCAUUUUUUUGGAAUUUUCUUUUUUAGGUCAUAGAAAUGAUUUGUCAUUAAAGUACAAUGUUCAUGUAUAAAGUGAUGGAGAUUAGAUCAAUAGAGGGGUGGAGAAUAGAUCAGUAGAGGGUGUUGUGAACAGUUGUAGCGAAGCUCCUGUAAAAUUAUCAAGGUUGAAGGGAAAAGUUUAUUGUAUGAAUUUAAAAUGAAAAUGAUCACAGUGGUUUGUAAAUAUGAACUGAAUGAGUUACAGCUGUUUUCCUUUUUCUCUCUUUCAUUCAGUUUCUGAUAUUUUGGCUUUUGUAAUUCUUUCCAGUUUAAAAAAAAUAGACACUGUAUUUAAAGUGACACUUUUUUAUUUCAUUAUUAAAAUCACAUGAUAAUCAAAAUACAUUUACAAUAUGAUGAGAUGACAACCAGGGAGUAUAAAUAAGUCUGUUGACUAGUCUUAUCAAUUAAGUGAAAUAAAACCUCUAUUAAAAAUGAAUGAAUGAAAUAGAUUAGAGGAGAUGAAUUGGUAAAUGGUGUGUAUUCCCCCGCUGUGGCACCUAAGCUUGUCAGAGAUGCGGGGAGACAAGUCUGUCAUGACUGGGUCACUUUGGUGCUAACAUAAUUGCUGUUACAUUAAUUCUGUUGUUCUUACAUUGUUUUUGUUUAUUGGUUUUUAUUUUACAUAGGGAUUUACUCAAUAAAAUUGUUGAGAAGACUUAAA